UGAAAAACUUAUUAAAUAGAAGCAGUAAUGUCUCGAAGAUGGAGCCCCUACGAUAUGAAUGGCGGAAGCAUUGUUGCGAUUGCCGGAGAAGACUUUGCGGUAAUUGGAAGUGAUACAAGACUUUCAACGGGCUUCACUAUAUGGACUCGUGAGCAGCGAAGAAUUCAUAAAGUGAGCGACAAUACUGUUGUCGGACAAGUUGGAUUCCAUGGAGAUUGCCAGUUCCUGAAAAAGAUAAUGGACACCAGAAGCAAGAUGUACCACUUUGAUCAUGGAAAGCAAAUGAGCUGCUCUGCAACGGCCUCCUUAGUCUCAAAACUUCUGUACUCUAGACGGUUUUUUCCGCUUUACGUCUACAACAUUGUGAUCGGAUGUGAAAAGGACCCCCAAACUGGAAAAUACAAAGGACUGGUGUACGGAUAUGAUCCAGUGGGCUCAUACGAUUCGCAGCCAUAUGGUGCGCUGGGAACUGCUGGACCUUUGCUUCAACCUCUCCUGGACAAUCAGCUGGGGUAUAAAAAUAUGGAGAAUCCGACCUUCGUUCCCCUGACAAAAGAGCGUGCAAUCUCACUUAUCAAAGACGUCUUCAUAUCAGCUGCUGAGCGUGAUAUCUACAGUGGUGACAAUGCUCACAUAGUUAUGGUAGAUGAACAGGGAAUCCACGAGGAGUUUAUGCCACUCAGACGAGACUAACAUCAAAUGAAUGAAAAAGUUACACCCAGGUUUAUUGAUGCAGCAACAAACUCGAAUUGUGCCGAAAAUUUUUUUGUCCCGAGGUUUUUCAAUAUAAAUAAGGUAUUUUUUCAAUUCUCAAAGUAGUGGUCGGAAAGCAAAAGCCCCUCAUGUUGUAUCUUGGUUUUUUAUAUGAGAUAGUUGGAAAAGAUGGCUAAUUUCAUUAUGGAAAAGGCUAAACUAAAAUAUUUCAAACCCACCAAAAUAAAUUCCGAGGGCAAAUAAAUAGCGAAAUAAUUUUGACGAAUGAUGGCAGUUUGAAUGUUGAAAAUAUAUAUGCAAUGAAUUAAAUGUUUGGAAGCUUAUUAGCGUUGAAGUUGAUUUGAUGAUCUUGAAAAUUCAAUUUAAAGUGAACUUUGCUCAUAAA